GGCAAGAUGAAAUUUAGUGUUGUCAAAUCUAUGUUCUGGUGGCAACAUAGUCGGAGAGUUGUAUUAUUAGAUAUUAGGUUAUAUAGUUGGGAUACAUACAUAUCGAUAUCUCCAUUAUGCAGGUACUUCUUCAUCUAACACUAGCGAUUACCUUAGAAAAGCUACUGAAAAUGUCAAUAUAAGAAGAGACUUUAUUUAGCGGAAUAAGUUGGGAUUGGAUCCCUCUCGAAGCUAACCGUGUUGCUGACGCUCUUGCUAAAUGAGGUUGUGUUCUUUGGACUGGGGUAACCUCUUUGAUUUCGGUUCUCAGGAGUGAUGGCCUUCCACGGCCCCAUGUACCUUAGUGUGGAAGUUUCUACCUCAUUUUGUUGUAGCUUGCUGUGUUCUUCUCUGUUUUUGCCCUUGAGGCUUAAUGGAUUACUCAUUUUAAGACCAAAAAAAAAAUUAGAAAUCAUCAUUAAACUACUGUUUGAACAAAGCAGAUCCCAUUUUGACAACCAAAGUUAAAACUUUAGUGGCUUUUGCAAACUGUAGGAGGCGGGAGGUAGUGAGCAAUGUGACAAUUCCCUUUAUAAGAAAUAUAGACCAUGUGACUACGUUUUCAAAUUCAAAAUAAGAACUUCCCUUUCUAGUUAUUGUAGAAUACCAUGGCGAAGUUAUUGGAGUUUGAGUUUUAUAGUGCAUAAUACUAUAGACUUCUAUUUCUGAGACUGGAAUAGAGAUCUUUUGGGGAACUGUUAGAAUUCUCAUCAUUGUCCGGUAGCUUCCAACUGCAGGAUUGUUUGCGAAAGGUCAAAGGCCUUGUUAACCCUGCUUAGUAAUAGCAGGGUUUUGGGUUUCAUCUGGUCAUUCAUUUUUUUUUUUACUUUCCUGAUAAUAGAGAGAUUGAGUUGGACUAAUCUCUUCGAUCUCGGCUUCUGAUUUAGUUGCCUAUAGGGGUUGGUCUUUCUUCUAGUUACAAGCUUUUGUGCAGAGUUCAUUUCUGUUUGUACUUUUAUUUUGUUUAGAGUGGACUCCUAGUCGGUGGUUUAUUUUACAGUUGGAAUGGAAGUUUCUUCCUUCCAAAAGAAAUGUAUUAACCACCAAAAUGUUUGACACAGGAGAUAAAAGUAGUUGUCCUUACUAAUCUGAAGCCUAGGAACAUGCGGGCUGUCAAGUCUUUUGGAAUGCUUAUGGACGCUUCCGAUGCCUCCAAUGAGAAAGUUGAGCUUCUUGUGCCUCCUGAUGGUUCACUUCCUGGCCAAAGGAUAUGGUUUGGCUCUGAAAAUGAUCAUCAAAAUCAGCCUCCUCCAGCCACACCUAAUCAGGUUCAAAAGAAAAGGAUAUGGGAGCUGGUGCAACCUCAUCUGAAGACAGAUGAUGCUUGGGUUGCAGAUAAUGCGGACAUCUGCGGGUGUGAUAAUCUGCCAACCUCUGAAACACGCAAUCAUCUCCUAAUCAUACCUGUAAUCAUGCUGUUUAUUUGUCUCCCGUUCUGGUUAUGAAUUUGUAUGAUGUUCAUAACGGUCAUAUGAUACUUCAGAACUGUUUUGUUAAGAAAUGGCAUCUGAUUAGAACAUCUGAUUUUGGGCUCAUUAUGUGGUUGCUUACAUGUAUAUUUGUGU